GCUAAAGAAAUCCUGACGAAAGAAUCCAACGUGCAAGAGGUUCGAUGUCCAGUUACUGUCUGUGGAGAUGUACAUGGGCAAUUUCAUGAUCUCAUGGAACUGUUUAGAAUUGGUGGCAAGUCGCCAGAUACAAAUUAUUUGUUUAUGGGAGAUUAUGUUGACCGAGGAUAUUAUUCAGUUGAAACAGUUACACUGCUUGUAGCUCUUAAGGUUCGUUACCGUGAACGCAUCACUAUUCUUCGAGGGAAUCAUGAGAGCAGACAGAUCACACAAGUAUAUGGUUUUUAUGAUGAGUGUUUAAGAAAAUACGGAAAUGCAAAUGUUUGGAAAUAUUUUACAGAUCUUUUUGAUUAUCUUCCUCUCACUGCCUUGGUGGAUGGACAGAUCUUCUGUCUACAUGGUGGCCUCUCUCCAUCCAUAGACACACUGGAUCACAUCAGAGCACUUGAUCGCCUACAAGAAGUUCCCCAUGAGGGUCCAAUGUGUGACUUGCUGUGGUCAGAUCCAGAUGAUCGUGGUGGCUGGGGUAUUUCUCCUCGGGGAGCUGGUUACACCUUUGGCCAAGAUAUUUCUGAGACAUUUAAUCAUGCCAAUGGCCUCACUUUGGUGUCUAGAGCUCACCAGCUGGUGAUGGAGGGAUACAACUGGUGCCAUGACCGGAAUGUAGUAACAAUUUUCAGUGCUCCCAACUAUUGUUAUCGUUGUGGUAACCAGGCUGCAAUCAUGGAACUUGAUGAUACUCUAAAAUAUUCUUUCUUGCAGUUUGACCCAGCACCCCGUAGAGGUGAGCCACACGUCACUCGCCGUACCCCAGACUACUUCCUGUAAUGACGUUUUAAACUUGUACAGUAUUGCCAUGAACCAUUUAUUGACCUAACGGAAAUGGGAAGAGCAACAGUAACUCCAGAGUGUCAGAAAAUAGUUAACAUUCAAAAAAACUUGUUUUCACACGGACCAAAAGAUGUGCCAUAUAAAAAUACAAAGCCUCUUGUCAUCAACGCCGUGACCACUUUAGAAUGAACCAGUUCAUUGCAUGCUGAAGCGACAUUGUUGGUCAAGAAACCAGUUUCUGGCAUAGCGCUAUUUGUAGUUACUUUUUGCUUUCUCUGAGAGACUGCAGAUAAUAAGAUGUAAACAUUAACACCUCGUGAAUACGACUUAACUUCCAUUUAGCGAUAGCUUCAUUCAGCAUGACUGUAGAUAAGGAUAGCAGCAAACAAUCAUUGGCGCUUAAUGAACAUUUUUAAAAAUAGGUACCAAGCCUCCCCUCUAUUUGUGAGUUUUGAAAUUGUUUUGUUUAUUUUCAGGGAUACUGUUUAAUUUAAUUGUAUGAUUUGUCUGCACUCAGUUUAUUCCCUUCUCAGAUCUCAGCCCCACAUUGUUCUUUGUUAUUGUCAGAACCUGGUGAGUUGUUCUGAGCAGAAAUGUUCCCUCCUGUAAGACGAUGUUACUGCACAGGAACACUUCAGUGCUUUUCAUAAUAAACUUGUGAACUAAGAACUGAGAAAGUCACAUUUUAAUUGUAUCAGUGGGCAAGACUGGUGCUGUUUAAAGAUAAUUAAUAAACUUUAGAAUUUGUAGAAUUCUAGAUAAAAAUAAAACUCAAGGCCUCUGCACAACCUCUCUGGUAACUUUUUGACCUUCUCCAGAUGAGCUUCAGGGUUUAUUUGUAUGACCUGUAGUACUGUUUGUCACAUUGCUGGUGUGCUGUGAACUUGUCUUUAAGAAAGGAAAUCUGUGCUGCUUUGGGAAGAUCUAAUUGUUAAACUACGUAACAUCAGAGUUAAGGUUUUAGGAUUUGUUUAAAGUGGCAUGUUUUCAGGUAAAGCUUAACUUCAAUGAUAAUGUCUACUUAGUGCAGUUCCUGGUUAUAAAUACUAUAUUGUUUGUUGUGUAUGUUUAAGAAUUCCAUGAACUUUUAAAAAUAACUGACACAUUUAUAAGUUCUUAACAUAUUUGUACAUUGCCUGUUGAGUCAUGUGAUCUUAAUGUCUUAGAAAGCUGUUAAAGUAAUAGCCUGUAUUAAUUCUUUUAA